AGAAUACAAAUGGUAUUCUACACUAUUGCAUAAUCAAAUGAUGUUUGCAUUGAUUAUAAUCUCGUUUCUAUUCAUAAUAUCAUGCGAAUCUGGAUUUCUAUUUUGUAAUGGAACAUCGAAUUCAACUUCAUCAUGGAGCAUAUUUUUGUGUGGUUUGAGGAGUGCAUUGAACUUGCUUAAUUUUUUAAACACAACCGCGCAAAGUGUCAAACAACUAUUGGAUGGAUAAAAUCAACUGUAUUAUGAUGAUAAUUAUGGUUUAAUUUAAUGAAAUCAUCAAAUUAACUAUAAUCAAAUCGUAAUGAAACGUUGUUAAAUAAAAUUCAAUUUCUGUUUCCAUCUAAAUAUACAGUUUCUGUUA